AUGUCUGAUUUCAUGUCCCCCAUGUUCUGCUGUUUCAGCUGUGAUGAUGACAGGUUCUUCCAGAGGGUGUGUGAGUCUGUCCCUGUGAGGUCCAGAGAGGAGGACCAGCAGUUGGCCUCUCUCCUCCAGGCCUUGGGCUCCACCCUGUCACUGGGAGGAGAGUUACCCAGGAAAACCUGCAGGUCUGUGGGGGAGACAAGAUCUCUCUCCAAGGGAGCCUUACUUAUUGUGAGACAUGAGUCAAAGCUACACAAGCUCAGGCUGAAUGUGGGCAUGGCAGUGAAACUGUCCAGACUGGUUAGGAGGACAGGGAGAGGUGCUACUCCACUGACUGUCCCAGAGCUCUCCCUGGUCCUAAAGAGCAACCAGCCACCAGAGAGAGUGUUAUCCAGGGCUCUGAGUAGUGUGGCAUCCCUGCUGAGACUCUGGAGGGUUCAGUGUCUGGACCUGACUGACUUAUGGAUCCAGGGUCACUCUCUCAUCACACUGCUGUGUCACCAGGGACCUCUCUCUCUCAGACUGAACUCAGACACUCUGCAGCAGCUGACUGUAGUUGUGUAUGAAGCUCAGGACAAGGACUUGACUCAGUGGUUCCUGGAGAAGGUUGGUGGAGACCUGACCUCCUGCAGGCUGGACCUGGAAGUGCUUCUCUCUCUGCUGCAGCAUUCAACCCACAACAUCACUGUGGACCUCAGGAAGAACAGGCUCCUAGAGAAGAACAUCUCAGAUCUUCUCCCCUUUCUGGGAAGGGUUAUAUUCAAGAGGUCCAGUUCCAGCUUUGUAAAGUCCACCAUCAGACAGAUCUAUGACAGCAGAGCCAGUGACUGUGUGUCCAGUUUGUUGAGGUCUUCAGACCAUUGGAUCAACCUGAACAGCAGAGAGCUGGACAGAGUGGACUGUACUGCUCUGUGUUUUACCCUGCAGCACUGCCACCAAGUCAAAGUCAACCUGCUGUGGACCUCCAUACCACCGGGGGAGAUAGAGAGCAUCCUGCCUCUUCUGGACAGAGUCUCCCAACUCAGUGUUGACAGGAGGUUACUGCUGAGUUUCCUCCAGUGCUGUGCUGCCUCUCCGAUCCAGCAGGGGGCACCACCACCACAACAGCAGUAUGGCUGCUCAGCUCAGGACCAGGAGGGGGAGGCUCUGUGUCUGACCACUGACCACUGCAGGGCCAUCCACUCUGUUCUGAAGCAGAACCAACACAGCACCCAGCUGGUCCAGAACCAGGUGCAGAUCAUCCUAAGAGACUCCCCAGCAAAGCUCUGCUACGUCAGCUGCUGGACCUGUGUGUGA